UUGGAUCGAGUUCCAGCAAUUUUCCAGUUUCUGCAACGGGUGGAUUGCUUCACUUGUUGUUCUGAAUUACUGCCUUGGAUUGGAGAAUUGGAUUAAUAUCAUCUUUGCUGUUGGGUUUGGGUUUAUGAGAUCAUGCUCAAGGUCCCAUCUCAUCAGGUUGCAGGCCACCAAGCUGGUGAUGGAAAGCUUGGCCCACUCAUAGAUGAUUCAGGCCGCUUUUGCAAGCCUCUUCAGAAUGAUGAUCGUGGGACCACUGAGGUGGCUUUCUACACUUCUUUCUCAUCCAACACCAGAAUCCCUGAUCACAUCCGGCGAUUCUUUCCUAUCUUUUAUGGCACUCAGCUUAUAGAAGCUUCAGAUGGAUCCGGUCUGCUUCCUCACCUUGUUUUACAAAAUCUUGUCUCUAAUUAUGUUCAUCCAUCUGUUAUGGACGUCAAGAUUGGCUCCAGAACCUGGUAUCCCCAAGCGUCUGAGGAGUAUAUUGCAAAAUGCGUUAAGAAGGAUAGAGAAACCACAAGCUUGCUUUUGGGUUUCAGGAUUUCUGGCUUGCAGACUUAUGAAAAUGAGGAAUCAGGGUUCUGGAAGCCUGACAAGAAGCGUGUCCAGGGUUUUACUGCGGAUGAUGUGAGGUCAGUUUUGAGGAAGUUUGUUUCUUCUAACCCAUCUUCAGAUUCAAAUCCAGAUUGUUCGUUUGCAUCAAUUGUUUAUGGUGGUUCUACUGGGAUUCUGGCACAACUGUUGGAGCUGAAAGCAUGGUUUGAAGAUCAAACAGAUUUUCAUUUCUACUCGUGCUCAGUUCUUAUGAUGUAUGAAAAGGAGGCAACACUGGAUGGAAGGACAUCUGGUGCUGAAAUCAAGCUGGUCGAUUUUGCUCAUGUUGUGGAAGGCAAAGGUGUAAUUGAUCAUAACUUCUUGGGGGGGCUAUGCUCUUUGAUAAAGUUUGUCUCGGAGAUACUGACCAGCCCAGAUGAGUGCACCAUCAAAGGUGGUUUACGGGAACCUGAGUAGAAUUGUCUUGUUUUUAGAAAAUAGUGUCAAGGAAUGACGAUAGUACUUUUAACAAGUGAACUUUUGGUUCCUCCAUUUAACUUGCACAUUUCCAUUGCUUGUUCUCUGAA